CCGCCGGCGGCGGCGGCGGCAGCGGCGGCAGGAUGAAGUUCGCCGAGCACCUCGCGGCGCACAUCACCCCCGAGUGGCGGAAGCAGUACAUCCAGUAUGAGGCUUUGAAGGAGAUGCUAUAUGCAGCUGUGGACCAGGCCCCUUCUAUAGAAGACACAGAUGAGGACACGGUGAAAAGAUGUUUUGCCACGUUUGAAGAGAAAUUCUUCCAAACCUGUGAGAAAGAACUUGCCAAAAUCAACAUUUUCUAUUCAGAGAAGCUUGCGGAAGCGCAGCGCAGGUUCACCACGCUCCGCACCGAGCUGCAAUCCACCCUGGAGGCGCAGAAGGAGGCCAGCGGGGCCUCCACGCUGCCGCGGCGCCGCAAACCCGUCUUCCACCUGUCCCACGAGGAGCGGGUCCAGCACAGGAACAUCCGAGACCUGAAAUUGGCCUUCAGCGAGCUCUACCUCAGCCUCAUCCUGCUGCAGAACUAUCAGAACCUGAACUUCACCGGCUUCCGCAAGAUCCUGAAGAAGCAUGACAAGAACCUGGAGACGACACGGGGGGCGGAGUGGAGGGUGGCCGAGGUGGAGGUGGCUCCCUUCUACAUCUGCAAGAAGAUCAACCAGCUUAUCUCCGAAACAGAGGAACUGGUGACCAACGAGUUGGAAGAUGGAGACAGACAGAAGGCAAUGAAACGUCUGCGUGUUCCACCCUUAGGAGCAGCUCAGCCUGUGCCAGCCUGGACUACAUUCAGGGUUGGAUUGUUCUGUGGGUUGUUCAUUGCACUGAACGUCACUGUCAUACUUUCAGGUGUGGCUUUUAUAGAUGGACCAAAUGUGUGGCCACUGGUGAGAAUCUAUCGAGGUGGCUUUCUCCUGAUAGAAUUCCUCUUUCUCCUGGGUAUCAACACCUAUGGCUGGAGACAGGCUGGAGUCAACCACGUCCUCAUCUUCGAGCUCAACCCCCGCAGCAACUUGUCCCAUCAACAUCUCUUUGAGAUUGCUGGUUUCCUGGGUGUUUUGUGGUGCCUGAGCCUGCUGGCAUGUAUAUAUCGUCAAUUCACCUACAUCCCCAUGCAGGUGAACCCACUCAUCCUGUAUGGCUUCAUGUUGCUUUUCCUCAUCAACCCUACCAAAACCUUAUAUUACAAGUCCCGUUUUUGGCUGCUCAAACUAUUGUUUCGAGUAUUCACUGCUCCCUUCCACAAGGUAGGCUUCGCAGAUUUCUGGCUGGCUGACCAGCUCAACAGCCUGGUGGUGAUACUUAUGGAUUUGGAAUACAUGAUCUGCUUCUACAGCUUUGAGGUUCAGUGGGAGGACAAUGCUGGACUUCUGGCAGAUACAGAUAAUCAGAUUUGUAACAGCUACUCCUACGGAGUGAGAGCAGUUGUCCAGUGCAUCCCUGCUUGGUUGCGAUUCAUCCAGUGCCUGCGCCGUUACCGCGAUAACAAACGGGCCUUUCAUCUGGUUAACGCUGGAAAAUAUUCCACCACCUUCUUCGUGGUGACAUUUGCAGCCCUCUACAGCACUCACAAAGCUAAAAACCACAGUGACACCCAAGUGUUCUUCUACCUGUGGAUUAUCUUCUGUUUCAUCAGCUCUUGCUAUACCCUCAUUUGGGACCUGAAGAUGGACUGGGGUCUCUUUGACAAAAAUGCUGGUGAAAAUACCUUUCUCCGAGAAGGAAUUGUCUACCCACAGAAAGCAUACUACUAUUGUGCCAUUGUAGAAGAUGUCAUCCUGCGUUUUGCGUGGACCAUCCAGAUCUCCCUCACUUCCAUGCAAAUCUUUCCCUACGCUGCAGACAUCAUUUCUACUGUGUUUGCCCCACUUGAGGUGUUCCGGCGGUUUGUGUGGAACUUCUUCCGCCUGGAGAACGAGCACCUGAACAACUGCGGGGAGUUCCGUGCCGUGAGGGACAUCUCGGUGGCGCCGCUCAACGCCGACGACCUGACGCUCCUGGACCAGAUGAUGGACCAGGAGGACGGCGUGCGCAACCGCCGCAAGAGCAAGCAGUGGAAGCGCAGCCUGAGCGUGUCCCUGCGCCGGCCGCGCCUCGGCACACAGUCGAAGGCUUCUGACACAAAGGUAUUGAUAGAGGACCUAGCAAAUGAAGUGAACACAUGAGAUGGCCACGUUCUCUUAUUCCACAUCCUUUGUUUUCUCGUUCUGUUCCCCUCUUCCCCAAGUAACCCGAGCUCUGGUACAGAUCCAGCUGAAAACAGGAGAAAACACUGAACACGUUUUCUGAGCUCUUCCAGACCAGAUCCUAUGGACUCCAACAAGCUCACUGUGUUUCGUUUCUUUUCUUCUGGGUUAAUUUUAAUGUUCUAUUUUAAACAAACAAACAAACAAACAAAAAUAAAAUAUUUUACUUUGUUUUGCCAAUAAAGAGGACAGUUCAGGAAA